CUCACGGGCACGGCCCGACGCUUGGCCACAACGGGGAUCGCCGGGCGCGGCCCUUGGCCCCAGCGCCGCUUAGCGGCUUUGCACCCGGGCCCGUAUCUUCGCCGCCGCCAGCAGAGAGACGGCGAGGCUCCACCCUCGGCGGUGAUUUUCAUACGUGCUGACGCUCUCGUCCCCCCACGCUAGGCAAUAGCUGGAUAGCGGCAAGGCCGGGCCCCGUUAGCUGCCGGCUGCCGCCAUCCCGGUGCCCAGGAGCUGGGCGGCCCCUCAGGCCCGGGCUAUGCGUCGCGAGGCAGGCGUGCUCCGGCCCUGAGCGCCCAUGGAGCAGCCGGCGGGCGGCCGGCGGCCCCGGCUCGUCUCCUCGUUGGCCUUCGGGCAGCGCGCCUGGGAGGUCACGUUAGAGUGGGAGCCGGGGCUGCUGUCCUGGCGGGAUCCGCAGCCGCCCCGGGGCCGGGACGGCGGAAAUUAUUCUGUGCCCGCCUCGGAGAUUAUUGUUGUAGAAGAAACUGAAAUUGACGAGAAGCAAUGUAGUAGUGGAAAAUGGCAAAAAAUGGGAAAGCCGCAUGCUUUCACAGUAUAUUACAUGAAAAGAGCACAAAAACACCGCUGGCGGUGCAGCGAAGUAACGUUUUGGUGCGUUGAUGAGCAACUGUGUAACCAGUGGAUACAGGCACUUAAAGAAUUACUUGAGUUACAGAAAUCUAGACCAAAGCAACUGCUAGUGUAUAUUAAUCCAUAUGGAGGAAAACGGCAAGGGAAGAGGAUCUAUGAACAAAAAGUGGCUCCAUUGUUUAGUCUAGCUUCCAUCUCUACAGAUGUUAUUAUAACUGAACAUGCUAACCAUGCUAAGGAUAACUUAUUAGAAGUUAAUAUCUACAAGUAUGAUGGUAUUGUUUGUGUUGGUGGGGACGGAAUGUUCAGUGAAGUGAUGCAUGGUCUAAUUGGAAGAAUACAGAAGGAUUCUGGCAUAGAUCAAAAUAAUCCCAAAGCACCGUUAGUCCAGUGCAAUAUAAGGAUUGGCAUAAUCCCUGCUGGUUCAACAGACUGCAUAUGUUAUGCAACAGUUGGUGUCACUGAUCCAGUAACAUCAGCACUACAUAUUAUUGUGGGUGAUUCUCAGCCUCUGGAUGUCUCCUCCAUACAUCACAACAAUACAUUUCUUAAAUACUUCGUGUCACUGUUGGGCUAUGGUUUUUAUGGCGAUAUACUAAAAGACAGUGAAAAGAAGCGGUGGAUGGGUACGAUCAGAUAUGACUUUUCAGGUUUCAAGACGUUUCUUUCUCAUCAUUACUAUGAGGGAACAGUUUCCUUUCUACCUGCAAAACACACACUGGGAUCUCCAAGAGAUAAAAAAAAAUGCAGAACAGGGUGUUACAUUUGCAGGCAAAGUAAGCAACAACCAGUGGAGCAACAGAAGAAUUAUGGAUUAGAACAUAAAGAGGAUGAAAGAGGAGAAGAUUGGAAGGUUAUUAAGGGAAAGUUUCUGGCCAUCAAUGCAGUCAAUAUGAGCUGUGCCUGUCCACGGAGUCCUAAAGGCCUUUCACCAGCAGCUCACUUGGCAGAUGGCUCUAUUGACCUCAUUCUAGUUCGCAAAUGCUCCAGAUUCAAUUUUCUGAGGUAUCUCGUCAGACAUACAAACCAAGAUGAUCAGUUUGACUUCACAUUUGUAGAGGUUUAUCGGGUAAAGAAGUUUCAAUUUACAUCAAAGCAUUUAGAAGACAGUGUCACUGAUGUCAAGGAUGUAGGAAAGAAUCGCUUUGGUCAGUUCUGCAGAGACCAUCCAGCUUGUUGCUGCAAUCUUAGUAACAGCAUCUGGAACUGUGAUGGAGAAACUUUGGAUAGCUCCACAAUUGAAGUUAGAGUUCACUGUCAGUUAAUGAAACUCUUUGCAAGAGGAAUAGAGAAGAAUUCUAACGAUGAAGCUGUCUACAACCAGAGUACAGCUGAGCAAUUACUAUAGAUAUCCUUCCAGGCUGUUUAAAAAAAGGUUAAAGAAAAUUACCUGAGUAAAUAUGAAUUUCAUUCAAGUUAACAAAUAUUUUAAAAUUGGAAAGCAUUUUGACGGUUAAAAUAUAAUUUUAUAAAUAUUUUAUUUCCUCUGUAUACAUUUUAAAGGAUUUUAAAACUUCUCUGAGUCAUCAGGAGAUAUUUCAGAGAAACAACCAAAAUUAUGUGUGUGGCAGGAGGAGGAUUAAUUGGCUUACAUUUUCAUAAUGACUGAUGUUCAUUCCAUUUUUAAAUAACUAAUUGACUAGCUGUGUUGCAGUAAUAAUUAUAGAUGUGUUAAAGUAGUGUGAGUACUUUCCAUUGAAAUUACACUAUUGGAGUAGAUCAAAAUGAAAUAUUUGCAAUGUCAGUUUGAAACGAUCUGCUUUGCUAGAAUUAUUCUAUAGCUGCAUGUGAUUAAAUACUGGAAAGUAGUGAUAUAUCUUCAUUUACUUCAUCUUCAUCUCUAUUUUUGGUUAAUCUUUCAUUACUUGAUUCUGACUGUAUCUUGCAACUUAUCAAUGCAAUUCAAAUAUACAUUCCUGGCUUUAAGUAAUAAUUUUAAGAGUUUAGAAAUAUUUUAGUAAAUAAAAGGCACAUCUGUCUAUAAAGCAUACCUGAUCUUGUGUUUAUAAACACUUAUAAAGUGUUUAUGGAACUUUGUGGGAUUAUAAAAGGCUUUCGUGAACUGUUUGGAUGAUACCAAGUACCACAAGCUGAAGUAUCUCACAAGCAGCUCAUAGGGGCAUUUUAUAAUACCAGAAAGGCAUAGGCAAGAGAAAAAUUAUAAAUACAUUAUAAAGCACCAGCAAAUUCUACAUUUUCUAAGUAUUUUAAGUUAAUACACAAAAAGGUUCCCUCCUUGACAAUGGUACAGUCCUUUGGAGAGUCCAUUAUACAAGGUGAACAUGGGACCACAAGUUCAUCUUAAAUGUGAUUUAAUUGACUGAAAGAUUUUAGGUACUUUUAAUUAGUGAAGUGUGGAAAAUAAUAAAAUAAAACUUAAUUUGCUGUGUUUUGCGUGGGGAAAAACUGACCUUUGAUAAAUCACAAAUUCACUGUGUCAAUAGCUUGCUAUUUUAGCAGGGAAAAUUGAUGAUCCUGUACAGAUAUGGAGUGAUUAUUUACAUGUGUAUAUUAAUUUGAGUAUUAAUACUUUUGUGCUGAAAUCUGAAGUCAAUAUAGAUUUUGGACUGAAUUGUCUUUUAUCCAGUCUCACACCUACAUAAUGAAGAUCAGAGUUUAGCACCCUCUCUCUAUGUUGCCUUUUGAUGAGCAUAUGCUUUGCUAUAAAAGGUUUUGUUUGUGUUUGUUUUGUGUCUGAACGAUGAACAGUACCAUAUUUAAAUAACUUAUUGAAACUUCUGUUGUUUAGCUGCAGUAGUUUUGUUUUUCCCACCUGUUUGUAUUGUUUAAACUCUGAUAAUUUUUCAUCGUACUGCUGAAGCACUUGAAGUACAGUUAUCAUAGAUGGCUGGGUUUUUUUUCAAUAGAGGCAAUUACGUUUAAGUGUAAUUACUAAAUGGUGUGCUGUAUCAUUGCUACAAUGAUAUUCGUACUGCAGUGUUCUGAUAAAACAUAUGCAAAUAAUUUUCCUUUAAAAUACUUUUCUAAAAACCAUCUCAAUAUGAAAAUUACAGAUGGGAAAACUAAAAGUUUAACUUUUAAAAUCUUGCUGGCUUCAAGAUUAGAAAAGUACAUUUUGUUUUGACACAUUGAGGUGAACUCUUCUGAAAAAUAAAGUUGUGUUGUACACAA